AUGUGUCCUUUGGAGGAGCAGGAGGCACAGGAGGAGCAGGAGGCACAGGAGGAGCAGGAGCAGGAGGAGCAGGAGGCACAGGAGGAGCAGGAGGCACAGGAGGAGCAGGAGCAGGAGGAGCAGGAGGCACAGGAGGAGCAGGAGGCACAGGAGGAGCAGGAGCAGGAGGAGCAGGAGGCACAGGAGGAGCAGGAGGUGAGAGCCCGUUGUGGAGGAGGGUGUGUGGAGACCCCCUCCUCGACGCGCGGGGCUCUGAUUGGCUGA